AUGGCUGCCAGUGAUUCUCGGAUCGAGGAGCUCCUCAAGAGACCUCUCUAUGUCUAUGAUCUUCCGCAGGAGCUUCUCGCGACCUUGACCGCGAAAAAUGCGAAUGAAGCAGUCGCCGAACAGACGCCCGAAUCAACACCCCAAGACCUUGAACUCGCGGCGCAGGAGUCUGCGAUCGCAACUUCGACAUCAUGCUCCCUAUGCAAUGUCGCCUACCGUAAUGUCGAAGAGCAGCGCAGCCAUGUCCGAUCCGAUCAGCAUCGAUAUAACUUGAAGGCCCAACUGCGGGGCAACACACCACUGGACGAGGCUCAAUUCAUCAAAGCGAUCGGGGAACUUGAUGAGUCUAUAUCCGGAUCGGAAUCGUCAGAGUCUGAAGAGGAAGAAGCCGAGGGGGAUGCCGACACAACACUCACUGCGUUGCUGAAGCGACAGGCCAAGCUCGCCGAGCCAAACGAGGAGGCGACCACCGUGAAAGGCGGGACAGCCAAGCAGCCACUGUUCUGGCUGUCGAGCUCCGGUAUCCCCUCGAACAAGUCAUUGGGAGUGUACCGGGCAAUCUUUUCGGACGUGGAACAGGAUGAGCCGGGUCACUUGGUGGAAACACUACGGAGAAAACAAUUAGCCCCCGUCAAGGCGCGAACGAACAACGCCCAGGCCCAACAAAGCCCUUCGGAUUCGAGUCCCCACAUGUUCAUGUGCAUGAUUGGUGGUGGCCAUUUUGCCGCUAUGUUGGUAUCACUCGCCCCGGAGCUUCAUCGCAAGCAAGGAGGCGUUGAAGAAAGACAAGCUCGAGUGAUUGCACACAAGACCUUCCACCGGUAUACUACCCGACGCAAGCAGGGUGGAUCUCAAUCUGCCAGUGAUGCAUCGCGAGGUGCUGCCCAUUCGGCCGGUUCUAGUCUGCGUCGCUACAAUGAAGCAGCUCUAGAAAAAGACGUUCGCGAUCUGCUAGCGGAUUGGAAGGAGAUGAUUGAUACCGCUGAGUUGCUGUUUGUCCGAGCUACGGGCAAGACAAACAAGAGGAUUCUUUUCGAGAAAUAUGACAAUCAUGUACUCAAGCAGAAUGAUCCUCGGCUGAGAGGGUUCCCUUUCAACACCCGAAGAGCAACGCAGGGGGAGCUUAUGCGAUGCUUCAAGGAGCUGACCCGUAUCAAGGUCAGUGAAAUUGACGAAGCUGCACUUGCUGCCGCUGCAGCUGCCGAGGCCAAGAAGAAGGAAGAUUCAAAACCAUCAACGCCACGUCCGCAGCCGCAAAAGCCGAAGCUGUCCAAGGAGGAGGAAGAGGCUUUGUUGCAUACCUCGCAAAUUCAAGCUCUCAUUCGCCGCUCCAAGGUCCCUGCCCUGAUGUCCUAUAUCUCAAACAACUCCAUUCCUUCUUCGUUCACAUUCACGCCUGCCGACUCACCUCAGAACUUCCGUUGUCCGACCCCUCUCCAUCUUGCCGCAAACUCGAACGCCCCUGCUGUUGUUGCCGCACUCUUGACAAAGGCCGGAGCAGAUCCAACCUCUAUCAACAACGAGGGACGUACCCCAUUCGAAUUAGCUGGUGACCGUCCGACGCGUGACGCUUUCCGUGUUUCUCGACAUGGGCUGGGUGAAUCGAAAUGGGAUUGGAAUGCCGCCAAGGUCCCGUCGGCUGUGUCUAAAGCAGAUGCUGAUAGUCGCGCCGAGCGAGAGCGCAGGGAUGCCGAGGAGGAAGAGAGUAAGCGUCGCAAGGCUGACCUGGAACGCCUUAAGAAAGAAGAUGCCGAACGAGAAGCCCAUCAGAGGACCAGCAAAGGUGGUCGGACGCUUGGAGCAACAGUGGAAAAGACCGCCGCAGAGAAACGCGAAGAGGAGACUCGAGGCAUGACACCAGAGAUGCGAAUGCGAUUAGAGCGAGAACGACGGGCGAGAGCUGCUGAAGAGCGCUUUCGGAGGAUGCAGGGUAAUUGA